GAAAAUCCCAAAAGACAGGCCCUAAAAACACGGGAUUUAAAUUUUACAUUCAGGAUCCUUUGUACUAAACCCUAUACACACACUGUUACCCUCAAGAAAUACUAUUUGAUUUGGCUUGGCUCCAAAAUUCUUCAUUUUUUUUUGUUUCUUGUUCCUGUUUUGAAUUUAGAAUCCCCUGUUUCUUGGUUUCACUAAACAAAGUAUUUGAUUUGGGUUUGCUUCCAAAUUCUUCAUCUUUUUGUUCCUUGUUCAUGUUUUCAAGUUCUUGAAUUUAGAAUCCCCUGUUUCUAGGCUUCAUUAAACAAAACCAUUUGAUUUGGUAUUGCUUCCAAAUUCUUUAUCUCUUUUUUUUUUUUGUUCCUGUUUUCAAUUUCUUGAAUUUAGAAUCCCCUGCCUCUUGGUUUCACUAAACAAAGAUAAGAGAAGAGUGAACAGAGCAUUUCCUGCAACAAGAAGAACAAGAAUAGAGAGGUAGAAGAUGGGUAGGAAUCUCAGUCCAAUAGUUCGGCAAGAAUUGGCAAAUCUUGACAAAGAUGCUGAUAGUCGUAGAUCGGCAAUGAGAGCACUGAAAUCAUAUGUGAAGGGCUUGGAUUCUAAGGCAAUCCCACUCUUUCUUGCCCAAGUUUCUGAAACCAAAGAAACGGGUUCUUUGUCUGGCGAAUACACUAUCUCACUCUAUGAAGUUCUUGCCCGUGUCCAUGGAGUCAACAUUGUUCCUCAGAUUGAUAGCAUCAUGGCAACCAUUAUCAAGACCUUAGCUUCAAGUGCAGGGUCUUUUCCUCUUCAACAAGCGUGCUCAAAAGUGGUGCCAGCAAUUGCCAGAUAUGGCAUUGAUCCAACAAUGGAGGAGGACAAAAAAAGGCAUAUAAUUCACUCUCUUUGUAAGCCACUUUCAAAAGCUCUCUUGGGUUCGCAGGAAAGCCUUACUUCUGGGGCUGCCCUUUGCUUAAAGGCUCUUGUAGACUCGGAUAAUUGGCGGUUUGCUUCAGAUGAGAUGGUAAAUAGGGUUUGUCAAAAUGUAGCUGUUGCUUUGGAGGACAAAUGCACUCAGACAAACUCACAUAUGGGAUUAGUCAUGGCUUUGGCUAAGCAUAAUGCUUUAAUAGUUGAAGCAUAUGCAAGAUUGCUUAUACAAUCUGGAUUGCGUAUUUUGAAUGCUGGUGUUGUAGAGAGUAACUCUCAGAAAAGGUUGUCUGCUAUUCAAAUGGUCAAUUUCUUGAUGAAGUGUUUGGAUCCAAGAAACAUUUUUUCAGAGGUUGACUUGAUAAUUAAGGAGAUGGAGGAGUGCCAGUCUGAUCAGAUGGCUUAUGUGAGUGGGGCUGCUUUUGAAGCUUUGCAGACUGCAAAAAAAAUAUCCACAGAGAAAGGAUCAAAAUUUGAGAAGAGUCCUGGUUCGGUUACUGGCUCAAACUUUGGUAGGGGAGAGCACAAAGGAAGGAGGACUGUAACUAGUGCUGGAAAUCUUUCUCCAGCAUCUAUAUCACCUGAAUCACAGACACUUGAUUCCUUUAUUGAAUAUGACUCUUUGGCCGAGUCGCCUAUUUCAACUACUGAGAUUUCUCAGAAUAUGGAGUUUGACCGUCAGAGUGUGAACCGAAAACUUUGGAGACAUGAAAAUGGAGGGGUGGAUGUAUCUCUAAGAGAUGGCUUCUUUUCAGAUUUGGUUCAUGGAAGUCCAAUCCAUGAUGCAUUUCCUGGUCACUCUGGGCAUCUUGAACUUGCUGAAAAUGGAGGAGAUCACACUGAAGACUUUGCGGGGUUCUUGCAAAGAACUCCUAGAAAUGGACUCAGGAGUACCACUCCCAGUCCUCAGAGGUCACGUUCUCAUAUAAAUGUUGACAACAUUAGCAUCUUCACAACUCCAAGAAAGCUCAUUCGCUCUCUUCAGGAUCCAAAUGAUGUGGAUUCAGACAUCUAUGAGAAACUAAGUCCACGCUCGAGCAAAUUUGAUUACAGUCCAAAUAUGAAGUUCAAUGGAAAUGGCUUUCAGCGUAAUGUGGAAUAUGAGGUUGAAGAUAAUAGAAACUCAUAUGCUGGGGAGGAACAAUUCCUAGAUACUUCUGAGUCAGUGUCAUCAACAGAUAAUGUUCUUGUUGAUAGCGACGUGCAAGUGUCUACUGAAGUGGUAAAUGCAAAUAAAGAUGAUACUCCAAGGUUUCCCAACAGAAAGGGCCAUCGAAAGAAUUCUUAUGGGUUGAUUGUUGGCCUGUCUUUUGCUCUUCUUGCAGUUUUUACCUCAUUAAUGUUGACUAUGUUAAUUGAUGGUCAGAAAGGAGGAGGUCAAUAUCUUGUUCCAACAUAACUAGUUCCUCGUUGUAUCAAAUAUUAGUUCAUUGCUGAGAAUCCUAUGUUUUUUGUACAAUAUCUAGUCAGUUCCAACAAUUAGUUGGAUGUUUAAUGUGCUUGAUAUAGAUCAUUUGUUUAGCUUGUCAGAAAACGAUUUCACACCAUUUAGAUGUUUGAAUGUAUUUUGCAAUGUUCUUGUUCAAGUUUAAA